UUUGUUUCCGACUCAAUGUUUUUUUCUUCUUCUAAUUGUUCUCUUUUAUUCUCCAUUUUUAUUUCUGCCCUAAUUUUAUUUACAAUUGUUGAAGCAAGAGGAGGAAGACGUGGAGGGAAAGGACGUGGAAAAACAAAUCUUCAAUUUGCUCAAGUUGCUGAAUUUAGUUUAAUUUCUUCUCAAUUGCCUGAUAAUAGAAGCGCCCAAAUUAUCACUGGCUCUCACUUUAGUCAAAUUUUCAGGCUUGGCUUUAAAUUGAGAUUAAUUUGCAAAGCUUAUGGAGAACCCCGUCCAAUGAUUAAAUGGUAUAAAGAAGGGGCAGAAAUGCAACCAAAACCAAAUGUUCAUUAUUAUGAAAAACCUUUAAGCAAAAAUAAAAUUUGGAUAUAUGCUUGUGUUGCUAAUAAUCAGUAUGGGGUGAUGGCAAAAAAUUUUAAAGCUGAAUAUACUUAUUGA